UUUUGGAUCAAAGUCCACAUGGUAUAAUUUGACUAUCUUUCCCCGAUUCUCAGCUUCUCCACUGUUCCGCCGGAUUCCGCUCUCAUCUCUCAUCUCUCACCGCCUCACAAUCCCUCCGCCCUCGGCGACGGCGAUACUCCGGUCACUCCCUCUGCCCUCGCUCCUCACAUCCGCAGACGCCAAACGGUCAGACCUCACUACGACCCUACCCACUCAGCGACCGUUUCCUCGUCCAGUCGUCCUCAAGGAGUCAAGACACAACUACAAUAUCAUGUAACAAUUCAAAAGGGUAAUGGUCUGAGGCCAAAAUUGAAGUAGCAUUUUGAAUUGUUUUUGGAGGUACAACAAGACUUGUGGUGAGUUGUGGAAGUCUCACGGAGCAACGGGUUUAGUGGCGGGUGAUGCAAGUUGCAACUAAUCUCAUUGAACCAUGACAAUUUGGGUGGUCAUAACAUAAGCUGGGGGUUGAGGGAUAGUUCUUGGCUUGUUGAGCAACCCUAACUGCUGUAGAGAAGAUAAAAAGAUUAGAACACAGAAGGGGGAGCAAAAAUGGAGCAGAAUGGCAAAGAACACAAGGAAAAUCAACGCAGUACUCAACCUGGAAACAUUGUUAUAGCCACGGGUGAUGAUAACCUAAAGGACAUCUUUCACCAAAUCAGAACUUCCAAAACCCCAGCCGUUAUUAACUAUGGCGCAUCUUGGUGUGGUGUUUGCAGCCAGAUGCUUCCCGCAUUCUCUGAGUUGAGUAACAAGUUCUCUAAACUCUCGUUCGUGUAUGCUGAUAUCGACGCUUGUCCAGAGACUACUCUGAACAUCCGGUACACGCCAACUUUUCAUUUCUAUCGAGAUGGCGAGAGGGUUGAUGAGAUGUUUGGUGCAGGAGAAGAGAGACUACAUGACAGGCUGUGGUUGCACUCUUAGAGGGGAAAGCAGUGUGUCAUUCAGUGUUACAAAAACAUCAUAGACUACUGUAAUCCGCCAUGUUUUCUCUCUAAUCAAAAUUUAAAAGCAAAAUCUGCAGUCUAUGAAGGUGAUUGCCAAAUGGCUAAUAGCUGAUUAAGUUAGUUGGGUUAAUUGGUUUGACGGUUAGUAUCAGUGGGUUGUAAAAAAGUGUUUGAUAAUUUAAUUAUUUACUUUUAGGUACUGUAGGUAAAA